CUUGCUUCAUUAUAAACUUUUAAUUUGUUGUUCCAUUUUUGUCUUUCAUUUCAUCAUUAACAUAUAUAUAUAUAAAAUAAAAAUAAAAAACAGAGUGUUCUGUUUCUCUAUCUGCAGAACAGAACCAUUAGAAUGGCAAACAUUGCAGCUAGUGGAAUAGUUCUUGAACCACUAACAAAAGACAACUAUGAUAAUUGGAGUUGUCUGGUGAGAAACUAUCUUUUGGGGCAUGGUCUAUGGGAAGUUGUUAUUUCUGUUGCUGAAAUGGGUGUGGGAUCAAAGGAAGAAAUUGAGAAAUGGAAUAUGAAGAAUGCAAAGGCUUUGCAUAUUAUUCAACUAGCAUGUGGAUCAGAGAAUCUUGCACAUAUUAAAGAUCUUCAUACUGCCAAAGAAGCCUGGAACUAUUUUAGCGCAUCUUACGGCUCAGAAUUGAAAGCAGACUCAGAUAUUGAGCAAGGUGUGGUGGACGAUAGUCUCCAUCACUAUAGAUCCCUCCAUAGGUUUAUUGAGAGUGGUGAGUGGAACGAUGCAAAAGCGUUCAUGAAUAGGGACGAAACAGCCAUGUUUUCCACGUCUUCUUCAGGGAGGACUGUUCUUCAUGUUGCAGUGAUUGCUGGCCAUGACGAAAUUGUGAAGAAAUUGGUGAAGGAAGGGAAAGACAAGUUAGUGAAAAUGAAAGACAAACGUGGUUACACAGCCCUAGCUCUUGUUGCUGAAUUGACAGGAAACACCAAUAUAGCAAAGUGUAUGGUUGAAAAGAAGGGAGGGGAACUCAUCGGACAAGACUUGUUAUCUAUGAAGAACAAUGAUGGUGAAAUUCCUGUUCUUCUCGCGGCCGCUAAGGGGCACAAAGAAAUGACUAGUUAUCUUUUUGCUAGAACUAGGAUGGAAGACAUGGCUAAUAAUAAUUACCACAACGGUGUUUUGCUUCUAACUCGAUGUAUCAAUGCAGAAAUAUUUGGUGUGGCUUUGAGUUUACUCCAACAGUUUCCGCAUUUGCCACUUGCCCACAAAUCCAAAUCCAAAUCCGAUGGUGUGCAACCCUUAUACGCAUUGGCGCGCAUGCCUUCUAUGUUCCUAAGUGGAAGUAGUUAUGGAUUCAUACGGCGAUUCCUUUACAAAAUUUUGAGAUUACCAGAAAAAAAAGUGCAGAACUUGUAUGGGAUAGCUGUGAUUGUAACAAAUGGUUCUCUACAUGAAAAACAAAUCAAAACAUCGUUCAUGGGAAGGAUCUUUGGAUGGAUAUUCAAUAUUUUGAAAAUUUCGCAAGUACAACUCUUUGGUCGAUUAGUUAUACAUGUUUACAUGUCAUUUCAGGAUUUAGUAAUAUCAAAUCUAUCUGGAAUAAGAGAAAUAUAUAAUAAGAAAAUGACACACCGUCUAGUACUCGAAAUAUUAAAUUGCUUGUACCAAAGAAUUCAGAAAUUUAAGGAAUCAGAAUUGAGAGAAGCUUCAGCAUAUGAUGCAAUGUUGCAAGCAGCAAAACAUGGAAAUAUUGAGUUCAUAGAUGCAAUGAGGAAGGCUAACCCUGAUCUCUUAUGGGCUAUUGAUAAAAAUAAAAGAGGCAUAUUUUCGCAUGCAAUUUUGAACCGUCAAAAAGUAGUCUUCCAACUCAUACACGAUGAAACUGUUAAUGGACGAAAGGAGAUUGUUAGAUGUCGUGUAGAUGCAUUUGGUAAUUCUCUGUUGCAUCUAGCAGGAAAAUUAGGACCUUUAUCUGAUCUUCACCGCAGAUCCGGUCCUGCUCUCCAAAUGCAAAGAGAACUUUUAUGGUUUAAGGAGGUGGAGAAACUUGUGCACCCCAAGUGUAAAGAAGCCAAAAACGCAGAAGGCAAAAAGCCUCGUCACAUAUUUACCGAAAACCACAAGGAGCUCGUAAAAGCAGGGGAAAAAUGGGCAAAACACACUGCAGGUUCAUUUACACUUGUGGCUACACUCAUCACAACCAUCAUGUUUGCUGCAGCUUUUACUGUCCCAGGUGGAAACAAUCAAAAUAGUGGAAUUCCCCUCUUCUUGAAAGACAAAAUAUUUAAUGUGUUUAUUAUAGCAGAUGCAAUAUCUCUUUUCACUUCUUCAACUGCAGUCCUUCUCUUCAUUGGAAUUCUCACAGCGCGUUAUGCUGAAAAUGAUUUCCUAAAGUCUUUGCCACUCAAGUUACUUUUCGGCCUCAUUGCGCUUUUCUUCUCUGUGGUGUCCAUGAUGGUUGCUUUUUGUGCUUCACUUGCUAUGCUCUUAAAGGGACAUGAAGGAAUCAUAAUUACAGCAAUGUCAUUUGCCUGUAUUCCAGUUAUUGUUCUUUUACCUUCCCAAUUGCGGCUCUUCAUUGAGAUUUUCAAGUCUAUGGUAUUAUCCAAUUGAAACUUGCUGAUUACUAAUUAAGAUCAUGCAUUCAUCAAGUGAUAAUUAACUAUGUAAAGUACUUUUGUUGGACUUGAAUGUAUGUACUUAUUUGGAACAAGUAUAUUACAGUUGUUGCAUGUAUGCAGUACUUUAGGACGAGUGAAUAAUUUCACCAUCAAAUGGUAGAAAUUAUUCAAGUAUUGUGGCAAAAGGUGUGUGGAAUCGGAUAGAAUUUAUGCAGGAGAUUACAAAUAUUAAUAUCUGUUUUUGCAUUGUUUACUCACAAAUAUUAAGCUUCCUUCCAUGGAAGAAUAAAGG